UUCUUUAAGAAUACUGUGAGGCGAUAGCUUUCGGUCCUCCCGACUUUCCGUAGCACGCAGUCCCACAUGUGAAAACUGGUGCCAAAGUGAGAUCCUUUGGUCUGAACAACUCAACUUUCUACCGGCUCUAUCAAACUGUUUCAACAGCCAUGUCUGAAGAAAUGUCUCCAGUUGAACUGAAAGUGGCUCAACAAAUUGAGUACUACUUUGGGGAUCACAAUCUUCUAAAAGACCGGUUUCUCAAAGAACAACUUCAGCUUGACGAUGGCUGGGUUACGUUGGAGACGAUGCUUAAAUUUAACAGAUUGAAGUCCCUAACCUGUGAUGCCAAUGUCAUCAUUUCCGCUCUCCAGAAAUCAACAAGAGGCCUUUUAGAAAUUAGUGAGGACAAGACUAAAAUCAGGAGGUCUCCGGAAAAACCUUUGCCUGAACUGAACGAUGAGUACAAAGAUGCUGUCAAACACAAAUCUGUCUACAUGAAAGGUUUUCCUUUGGAAACCUCCCUGGAUGAGAUCCAGGAGUGGUUGAAUGAAAAAGGCAAUGUCGAAAACAUUCAAAUGAGGAGAAACAUGGAGAGGCAGUUCAAGGGAUCAGUGUUUGUCUGCUUUGAUACAGAGUCGUCGUCCAAGCAGUUCCUUGAACGUUCAGAUAUCAAGUCAUUCAAAGACAAUGAUUUGCUUGUUUUAUCAAGGGAAGAUUACCAUGCAAAGAAAGCACAGGAAAGAAAACAACACAAAGCAGAGACAAAAGCAAAGGUUAAACAGGAUAAAGAACAGCAGCAGAAACAUGUGGAAGAAAAAGAUAUGGAUCAGCUGUUGGAAGAACACUCGGGGGCGUUGUUAAAGUUCUCCGGAGAGCUGGAAGAUGUUUCCAGAGAGGACUUUCAUGACGUGUUCUCAGGGCAUGGACGAAUCAAGUGGGUUGAUUUUACAAGAGGGGCCAAGGAGGGCACCCUUCUCUUCGAUGGAAACGCAAAAGAGGCAUUUGAGAAGGCAAAAGAGGCAAAUGACGGGGAGCUUAAAGUCAAGAAUAAUAAUGUUACAUGGAAGCUGCUUGAAGGAGAAGAGGAGAAAGAGGUCCUGAAGAAGAUCAUUGAAGCCCAACAAGACUCUCUCAGCCGGAGCAAAGGAAGAGGAGGCAGAGGGAAAUCCGCUGGGAGAGGAAGAGGAGGUCGCAAAGGAAAAGGAGGCAGAGAUCAAGGCAGAACUCAAUACCAGGGCAAGAAGACGAAAUUUGAUAGUGAUGAUGAGGACGAUGCACCCGUGGCCCCAAAGAGGGAACUUGAAGAACCCGAUGGACCUGCAGCAAAGGUGGCCAAAACUGAAAAUGGAUCUUAAUAAGGCCACACACUGAUAUAUAUUUUUUUUUAACAAAACAUUUAUUAUGUACAGAGGCAAACAAGUCCAUUCCAAUCAAACCCUUCAGGCUUUGGAGAACCGUAGAAAGUCCACCUGAAUGUCAACCUAGAGAACAAUUUGCAAAGCUUGGUGUCAGUUUUCUGCUUUUCAAGUCCAUGAAUGCACCUAGAUUUCUCUUUAGACGAUUUUGACUUUUUAUUAUGUAUAACUUUCUGAUCUCAGAUUAUAAUUUAAUUUGAACAGAACAUUUGCGUUAGUUCUGUCAGACUCCUUGUGACAAGAUUCUGCCACUAUUUUUUUCUUGUAGAUUCCCUACAUUAUGAAAAAAAGCUUUGCUGUUUUUUACGUUUUCAUUAUAUAUUGCAAACAAACCAUGUAUAAGUUAGCAGUUUUAAUGUGCCUAUUCAGGAGCUCUCCAGAUGAGGAAAAGAGUGUGAAGGGCAUUAAAACUUACCGAUUUCUUUUUGUGAAACUUGUAAGAAGCUGGCAAGUCGUAUCUUAGUUCUGUUUACACACACAAAAAGCCAACUUUUCUCAUUUCAAAUGUUCUGAUGUGCUUAUAAUGUAUUACCUGCAAUGACUUCCAUCUUCACUCCCCAGUCAUUGGCCUUCUUUUGUAUGUGCUGGAAUGGGAAAAAGAAUAUAAAUCUGUCAGACACA